UAGAGGAAGGGUAAAACCGUCAGUUGAGAGGGAAGCGUAGAGUCAGCUAGGGUUUCGUGUAUGUCUGACUAGUGUCCGCCAGAUACCAUCUCUCUUUUUCAAUAUUUUCUUUUCCGCAUUCCAUUAACUCUCUCUCCCUCUCUCUAAAAAAGAGUGUAAACACACUAGCAGUGAAAAUUACGCCCAUAAAACCCUCAUCACUAAAAGAAAUAUUCAUUUUACUACAGAUUUGUUAUACUGAUCAUGUUAUUGUUACCGCCCAAAUAAAAUCAUUCAUCGCGGACCAUCUGCUCUACUCGGAGAUCAUUUUUUCAAUUCUUGAGCAGCGUUCGAUCGCAUGGAUCUGAAGCAGGACACGCAACAAAUUUCCGAGGAGAAGAAAAACAGCAGCAGCAGCAGUUCUUCCCCUAAAAGCUGCACUGAUUGUCGCACCACCAGAACUCCUCUCUGGCGCGGCGGUCCUCACGGACCUAAGUCAUUGUGCAAUGCGUGCGGUAUCAAGUACAAUAAGAAGAGGAGAGAGAGUCUGGGUUUGGAAACCGGAAAGAACUGCCGGAAAAAGAAGAGGAGGGGCAGCGCCUCUGGCGGCGGCGAAGAUCGGAGCAGUGAAAUCAGAGAGAUUUUGAAGAUGCGAUUCAUGUCGUUUGGGAGUGAAGUGCUGCUGCAGAGAUCAAGGAAGCUGAUGAGCAAACUGAGGGAGGAAGAGCAGGCAGCGAUUCUGCUCAUGGCUCUCUCUUGUGGAUCCGUUUCUGCAUAGUUGAGCUGUACGUCGCGCUUAGCUGGUAGUACUCGGGAGAAACAAAAAUAAAAUAAAAAUUCUAACUAUAAUGUAAUGCUAGUGGAGUAGUAGUGUGAGUAAUUAGGGUUUUUCAUUUAUUUGAUUUAAUUUAAUGCUUGUGUUUGGAUGAAUGGAUUUGAACCUAUUUUUAUUUUCAUUUUUUAGUGAGAAGAGGAGUGAUGUAAUCCACUAACAAUGAUUGUUUGACUAUGUUUUUUGGAGUAUGAUUUAAUUUCUUUAUUUUAA